AUGGGCUUGCGGUUAGAUGUUCCCACUAAAUGGAACUCCACUUAUGCUAUGCUUGAGAGUGGAGUUAAAUAUCGUGGUGCUUUUCUACAAUUGCCUUUACGUGAUUUAAAUUACAAGCAUGGCUUGACAAAUGAAGAGUGGCAUAGAGCAGAGGCAAUGUGCACAUUUUUGAGGCCAUUUGAAAAGAUUACAAGGUUGAUUUCAAGUUCAUCAUAUCCCACUUCAAAUAUGUAUUUUAUGCAAAUAUCAAAAAUUCAAAUGUUGCUUGAUGCAAAUAAGGUGAACGCUGAUCUUGUCAUUCAAGAGAUGGCCACAAGAAUGAAAGAGAAGUUUGACAAGUAUUGGACUGAUUAUAAUGUCAUCCUUGUACUUGGCGUGAUUUUUGAUCCACGAUGGAAAUUUAAUAUGAUACAAUAUUUUUACUCAAAGAUUGACCCCAUUACUUGCCAUAAGAAGGUUGCUGACAUCAAGAGCAAGUUAAAUUUCAUUUUUUAUGAAUAUUCAAAUGUGGGGACAUUAUCCACCGGUGUUGGAGGUGAAUCAAGUUCUAAAACUUCAACUGUUACAAUAAAUCGUGCAUCCCACACUGCAAGUGUUUCAACAUCAUCAGCGACCACUUUUGAUGAUACAUUUGAUGAUUAUCAAGAUAUUUAUACGAGUAUAGAUGAUUUUUCUUUGGACAAGUCUGAAUUAGAGAAUUACCUGGACGAACCAAUACUUAAGCCUCAUAAUUGA